AUGAUGAUGAUGCUUUGGAUGAUGAUGAUGCUUUGGAUGAUGAUGAUGAUGCUUUGAAUGAAGAUACUUUGGAUGAUGAUGAUGAUGCUUUGAAUGAUGAUACUUUGGAUGAUGAUGAUGAUGAUGCUUUGGAUGAUGAUGAUGAUGCUUUGAAUGAUGAUACUUUGGAUGAUGAUGAUGAUGAUGCUUUGGAUGAUGAUGAUGAUGCUUUGAAUGAUGAUACUUUGGAUGAUGAUGAUGAUGCUUUGGAUGAUGAUGAUGAUGUUGCUUUGGAUGAUGAUACUUUGGAUAAUGAUGUUUUUUAUGAUGAUGCUUUGAAUGAUGAUGAUGAUGCUUUGGAUGAUGAUUCUUUGGAUGAUGAUAAUGAUGAUGCUUUGGAUGAUGAUGCUUUGGAUGAAGAUGAUGAUGCUUUGGAUGAUGAUGAUGAUGCUUUGAAUGAUGAUACUUUGGAUGAUGAUGAUGCUUUGGAUGAUGAUACUUUGGAUGUUGAUGAUGAUGCUUUGGAUGAUGAUGAUGAUGCUUUGGAUGAUGAUGCUUUGGAUGAUGAUGAUGAUGCUUUGAAUGAUGAUACUUUGGAUGAUGAUGAUGAUGAUGCUUUGGAUGAUGAUGAUGAUGCUUUGAAUGAUGAUACUUUGGAUGAUGAUGAUGAUGCUUUGGAUGAUGAUGAUGAUGUUGCUUUGGAUGAUGAUACUUUGGAUAAUGAUGUUUUUUAUGAUGAUGCUUUGAAUGAUGAUGAUGAUGCUUUGGAUGAUGAUUCUUUGGAUGAUGAUAAUGAUGAUGCUUUGGAUGAUGAUGCUUUGGAUGAAGAUGAUGAUGCUUUGGAUGAUGAUGAUGAUGCUUUGAAUGAUGAUACUUUGGAUGAUGAUGAUGCUUUGGAUGAUGAUACUUUGGAUGUUGAUGAUGAUGCUUUGGAUGAUGAUGAUGAUGCUUUGGAUGAUGAUGCUUUGGAUGAUGAUGAUGAUGCUUUGAAUGAUGAUACUUUGGAUGAUGAUGAUGAUGAUGCUUUGGAUGAUGAUACUUUGGAUGUUGAUGAUGAUGCUUUGGAUGAUGAUGAUGAUAUGUGA